AUGUCUACCGAAAAGACGGAAGAUGCGGAAAGGGGUCAAGUGUCCAAGGCCACCGAUGUCGACGCGGCUCUUGAGUAUCUCAAUUAUGAGAACGCUGCGGUCAUGACAGCGGUUGACGAGAAGGCCCUCGUCAGGAAGCUUGACUUGACUAUCGUGCCCAUCAUGUGGGCUUGUUACAACCUCCAGUACCUGGACAAGACGCUGAUCAACUACGCCAAUGUGAUGGACCUCCAGGAGGACACUGGAAUCAGUGGGUCGCAGUUCAGCCUGUUAGCAACUCUCUUCUAUGUCACAUAUCUAGUAUGUGAGUUUCCAACCGGUUACCUCAUGCAGAGGUUGCCGACAGCAAAGUACCUGGGCGCCAACGUGACGCUCUGGGGUCUCAUGGUGGCCUUGAACGCCGCAGCGAACAACUGGGCUACCCUCGCCGCCCUGCGAUCCCUGCUCGGCUGCUUUGAAGCCGCCGUCGCUCCAGCGCUCAUCCUGAUCACCAGUAUGUGGUAUAAGAAGAGCGAGCAACCUGCCCGCGUAGGGUUCUGGUACGUGGGCACGGGAACGGGCGUCAUCCUCGGCGCCCUGACAUCCUUUGGCUUCCAGCACUACAUGUCGGACACGUUCAAGUCGUGGCAGAUCAUGUUUCUUCUCUUCGGUCUGAUCACCAUCUGCGUCGGUAUCCUCGUCAUGUUCUACUUGCCAGACAGCCCAAUGAAGUCCCGCCUCACGCGCGAAGAGAAGAUCUGGGCCAUCGAGCGAGUUCGCGAGAACCAGACCGGCAUCGAGAACAAGCACUUCAAGGCGUAUCAGGUGUGGGAGUGCUUCAAGGAUCCGCAGACCUGGCUCCUGGCCAUUAUCAUCAUCACCUCCAAUAUUCCCAACGGCGCCGUCAGUAGCUUUCAGGCAACCAUCAUCAAAGGUUUCGGGUAUACAUCCAAGCAGACGGCCCUGCUGUCUAUUCCGUCUGGUGUCGUCUCCUGCAUCGCCGUCAUCUCCGCCAGCGUGGCAUCCUCCCGGCUCAACGUCCGCGGUCCCAUCAUUAUCGUGGUCCUGCUGAUCGGCGGUGUUCUCGGCGGCUGCCUCCUCGCCUUCUCGCCCGCCGACAAUAAGGGCCCGCUGCUGACGGGCAACUAUCUCACCAACGUCAUCGGCUCUUCCCUGCCCAUUCUCUACUCGUACGCGGCAGCUAACUACGCCGGGCAUACCAAGAAGGUCACCAUGAACGCCGUGACUCUGAUAUCCUUCUGCGUGGGAAACAUCAUCGGACCGCAGACGUUCCGGGAGGAGGAUGCGCCCGAAUACUUGGCUGCCAAGGUCACGAUUGUCGUGAGCUCGAUCGUCGCUGCUGCGGCAACUGGGGUGCUCAUGGCGUACUAUGCGUGGGAGAACCGUAGCAGGGAUCGCCGCCAUGCGGGCGUGGAUCAUACGCAGAACAGCGAGUUCUUCGAUUUGACGGAUCGCGAGAACAGGGAGUUUAGAGUAAGUUGA